AUGGAUUUGGAAGCAGGCGAGUCGCCUACCAACUUGGACGCUCGCGCCAAUCCAUUCGAGCCUCGAGCUGUUCAACGCUCCAUCUCGCUGCCCUUUGCGUUUUCUCCUGGCUUGUUUUUUGCUGUCGGUUCUCCGCGUCGCAUGGUAUCCUCAGAUGAUACCUCCCAUGUCUACCCUCGCCAUGUUCCUCACUCCAUUGAAUCCUGCCAUGCGUGCCUGUCUGGUUCUACCCCUGAGCAUGAUGUCGGACACCAAGCUGUGUCUCUGCAAGGGAAUGGAAACGGCAUCAUCAGCCCCCCUCCCACAUUUGACCCUUUUGUUACCCCUCAAAGCUCUAUAGCCGGAGGAUCUACUGUCACCCCCCACCCUGUGCAAGGUAACCCAUUUUCACAUGAGGCAGUCGCAGCAGUUGCUGCUUCGAUGGGAGGAGCUGCCUUCUUUUCAGGACAAACAGGAUUCCAACAACCCGUUCAGUACCAUCUUUACGCGCCCGUUGGGCCUCAUAGCCAGAAUAUUUUGGGAUACCAGCGAAACGUUCACGACCUUUUCUUACCAAACGAUCUAAGAGAAGAGCUACAAAAGAGAUCGGCCGCCACUUUACAAACUUUACCAAAUUCAUCAUUACCAGCACAUGUGGACCAUUUCCACUCCUUGGUCCCUCUUGAUUUGACUCAUCAAAAAAAUGCCGCCAUGUUUGGUUUCCCGAGUUGGGUCUACAAGGCGCAGUCGAACAAAGAUGGAAACUUCUACGUGCUCCGUAGACUUGAAGGAUACCGUUUAACGAAUGAAAAGGCCAUAAGAUCUGUUCAGGCCUGGAAAAGAAUAUUGAACGGCAGUGUAGUGACUGUCCACGAUGCCUUCACCACCCGCGUGUUCCAAGACAGCUCGCUCAUUUUCGUCAUGGAUUAUCAUCCCUUGUCCAAGACACUUGCGGAGCAACAUUUGGGCGCAGGCAAUCGCUAUGCAGCACGCAGUAACGGACACAUCCAGGAACAGGUUAUGUGGAGCUAUGUCACACAGAUUGCUUCGGCAUUGAAAGCAAUUCAUAGCAGCGGCCUUGCGGCCCGGAUCAUCGAUGCCAGCAAGAUCCUUCUGACGGGCAAGAAUCGAAUCCGACUAAAUGCGUGUGCAAUCAUGGAUGUAGUACAGCAUGACACACAACGAUCUGUACAAGAUUUGCAGCUGCAGGAUCUAGUCAACUUCGGUCAACUGAUGCUCAAUCUUGGAGCUAGUGCAGCAGGCGCCGUGGGAAGCCCGGCGAAGUCAAUGGAGCAUUUCGCUCGUGCUUACAGCCCGCAGCUAAAAAACUCUGUAUUUUGGCUGUUGAAUGGACUGCAAAAGGAUCAAGAGCACAGCAUUGAUAUAUUCAUCAGUGGCAUAUCAGCCCAAUUAAUUUCCACGUUCGACUCGGCACUGCACAUGGAUGACCAACUUACUUCGGAUCUGAACCGGGAACUAGAGAAUGGACGGCUUGUCCGACUGAUCACCAAAUUAAACUUCGUCAACGAAAGACCGGAAUAUGAACACGAUCGUCAGUGGUCGGAGAAUGGGGAACGAUAUUUUCUUAAGCUUUUCCGAGAUUACGUGUUUCAUCAAGUGGAUGCUCAAAAUAACCCGGUGGUAGAUCUUGGACAUGUGUUGGUUAGUCUGAACAAGCUCGACGCGGGCACCGAAGAAAAGGUGACUUUGAUCAGUCGAGACGAGCAGAGCUGUUUCGUAGUCAGCUACAAGGAGCUCAAGAAGGCUCUUGAAUCAUCAUUCCAGGCGCUGUUGAAACCAGCGAGACGGAUCCACUAA